AUGAAUGAUGGUGGACUUGAGGGAGGCAUCGAAGAAAUGAGAGAGUUGGCCAAGGAUAAAUCACCAUAUCUUGGUAUGGAGUUUCCAUCAGAAGAAGCUGUAUACGAGUUUUAUAAUGAAUAUGGAAGAAUUGUGGGAUUUAGUAUUAGAAGAGAUUAUUGUAACAAAAGUAAGGAAGAUGGUGUUAUGACUAGUAGAAAGUUUGGUAUAAAUAUUGAUAUAGCUGAUGAGACUGAAAUAUCUCUUAAGGCUUCACAUGAUCUUAUUAGUGCUAUAGCAGAAGGGAAGGAAUUUGUAGGGUUCAUGCGGAAGGAUCAAAAAACCUACUUACGUGCAAAAAGACAACGAAACUUGCAGUAUGGUGAAGCAGAGAGUUUGUUAAGAUAUUUCUAUUAG